AUGGUGCCGCGGCGCCGGGAGCCCGGCGGGGGGCGGCGGGGCCGGCCCCGUGAGGCGGCGGGGGAGGCGGGCGCGGGGCCGCGGCGGGGCCGGCGGGUGCGGGGCCCGCGCCGCCAUCUCCUCCGCCUUCUGCCGCCGCCGCCGCUGCUGCUGCUGCUGGUGCUGCUGCUGCCCGCCGGCGUCCAGGGCCAGCCCGGUCCCGGACCGCACUCCCCGGACUGGCCCCCCGGCGGCCCCGGGCCCAGCCUCAGCAUCUACCUGAGCGAGGAGGAGGUGCGGCAGCUGAUCGGUCUGGAUGCAGAGCUGUCUUACGUGAGGAAUGAUGUGGUUAAUCACUAUGCCCUCUCUUUCAAUCUCCUAAUACCCAGCGAGACCAACAAUCUCCACUUCACCUGGCAUGCCAAAUCCAAGGUUGAGUAUAAACUGGGAUUUCAGGUCCAUGAUCCCAUGGCUAUGGCUCUGCCCCAGGCCAAUAUUUCUCUACAAGGAGAAGUUCCUCGCACCCUCUCAGUGUUCCGUGUCGAACUCUCCUGCACCGGCAGACUCGACUCCGACGUCACAAUACUGAUGCAGCUCAACUUGACAAUAAAUUCCUCAAAAAACAUCACAGUUUUAAAUUUCAAACGGAGGAAAAUGUGCUACAAAAAGCUGGAACCAGAAGUCAAAUCUCCAACAGCUGAUAAAAACAGCAGCAAGGCUAUCUUCGACCCAGUAAACGCAGCUCCCACCACUUCAACCCGGGUGUUCUAUAUCAGUGUGGGUGUGUGCUGUGCUGUGAUAUUCCUGGUGGCAAUAAUCCUGGCUGUCUUGCACCUCCACAGCAUGAAAAGGAUAGAGUUGGAUGACAGCAUCAGUGACAGCAGCAGCUCUCAGGGGCUGUCUCAGCCCUCCACGCAGACCACGCAGUACCUGCGAGCUGACACACCCAACAAUGCCACACCAGUAACCAGUAACUCAGGUUAUCCCACAUUACGGAUAGAGAAGAAUGAUCUGAAAAGUGUCACUCUCAUGGAGGCCAAAGCUAAAGUGAAGGACAUAGCCAUCUCCAGGGAGAGGAUCACCCUCAAAGACGUGCUCCAAGAAGGCACCUUUGGGCGCAUUUUCCAUGGAAUUCUAAUAGAAGAAAAAGACCCCAGUAAAGAGAAACAGGUUUUUGUCAAAACUGUUAAAGAUCAAGCCUCGGAGGUGCAGGUGACAAUGAUGCUGACAGAAAGCUGUAAACUCAGAGGGCUUCACCACAGGAAUCUGCUGCCCAUCACUCAUGUCUGUAUAGAGGAGGGAGAGAAACCAAUGGUGCUGCUGCCCUACAUGAACUGGGGGAACCUUAAACUCUUCCUGAGACAGUGCAAACUGGUGGAGGCCAACAAUCCUCAGGCAAUUUCCCAGCAGGAUCUGGUGCACAUGGCCAUCCAGAUCGCCUGUGGGAUGAGCUACCUGGCCCGACGGGAGGUCAUCCACAAAGACCUGGCUGCCAGGAACUGUGUCAUCGACGACACGCUGCAGGUGAAGAUCACGGACAACGCGCUGUCCCGGGACCUGUUCCCCAUGGACUACCACUGCCUGGGGGACAACGAGAACAGACCAGUCCGCUGGAUGGCCCUGGAAAGCCUGGUCAACAAUGAAUUUUCCAGUGCUAGUGAUGUGUGGGCCUUCGGGGUGACACUGUGGGAGCUGAUGACCUUGGGACAGACCCCCUACGUGGACAUCGACCCCUUUGAGAUGGCAGCUUAUUUAAAGGAUGGCUAUCGAAUAGCUCAGCCCAUCAACUGCCCCGAUGAACUGUUUGCUGUGAUGGCCUGCUGUUGGGCCCUAGAUCCUGAGGAGAGACCCAAGUUUCAGCAACUGGUGCAAUGUCUCACUGAAUUUCAUGCAGCAUUGGGAGCCUACGUCUGA